CGCCGAGCGGAUAUCGUGACUUUUCCUCCGUUGACGCCGUUUAAGUGGCUUCGUUAAGUCGUUCCUCUCCCUGGUGUCGGACGCGCCUCCCCCUCGCCAAUUUACAGCUUUCGACUGUUAAUUAAUUACGGCCGCGGAAGGAAAUAUUUUGUCGUCGAAUUACGACUAGGGGACCCGGGUAACAAAAGCGUCUUUCGCCGUCGGAGGGAAGAAAAAUUCUAACUUCGGACGUAACGCAACACCCGGCCGCGCGGAAUGCGCCGAUGCAAAUCUGCACACUCGUCGAAUUUCGAUGCGCCGUUCGAGCGUGCCGUAGAAAGUGCCCGCCACGCUUGGGCUCGUCGCCGCUUUUCCUUUUUAUUGCGGGCAAAAAACAUUUACACCUUUAUUAAACGACGGAGGAGUCUCUCUCUCUCUCUCUCUCGCCAGAGGGCGCUUCCUCCCGAAAGUCCCCUCCACCCAGACGGGAGGAAAGAAAAUUCGGCCCGGGUUUUAAAUUCCGGCGCGUAAAGAGGCCGAGGUCGCCCGGCUGGAAAUGGCCGGUCGGGCGCGUUUUGACCCCUUCCGUAAAGGGCCCGGUCCCUUCUGUGGGAAAGCCGCGCGUAAAGUACGGGAGAAAGUUUCUGGCCGGAAGGUCGAGACGGUCGCCGCGCGCACCUAGGAUGGGAGGAGGAAGUGACGUGACGAGGCAACCGGAAGUGGCCGCGCCGCGUGGCGCCGCGCGCGGCGUGGGACGGCGGUAGAAAGGGCUCACCUCUGCGGGUCCUGGAGCGCGGCCGAGGAGAGAGUCGGAGGCCGAAACCGGACGGGACGCCGGACCCCCGUUUGUAAGUUUCCCGCGGCCGGGGCCAGACGGCAUCGCGCGGAGGCGUGACCGGUCCGGGUCCGACCGACUACGUCACAGAAGAGGCGCCGGGAGCGCCUGCGCGGUGGGGACGUCCAAUGGGAGCGGCGCGGGCGGCUGCCAAUCGCGGCGCCGUGCCUUUUGGCCCGACGUGUUCGUCGUACCUACUCACAAUGGUCCAAUAGUCUUAGGCUGCAGUUUUAGUGUUAUUCGGAAGCCACGUGCAGGGCUCUUACGUCGCCGUUCCCUAGUCGUAGUUGGUAGUGACUAAGUCGUAUUUUGUAGUAUUACUAUGGAACCGGAGAACCAACAGAAUAGCAUCCCGAGUCCGAACGAUAUCUCGCACGAUCCCGGGAAGAUGUUCGUAGGAGGUCUCAGUUGGCAGACCGCACCAGAGGGCCUCAGAGACUACUUUAGCAAAUUCGGCGACAUCACGGAAGUCAUGGUGAUGAAGGACCCCACCACCAGACGAUCAAGGGGAUUCGGAUUCGUCACCUUCGCCGAACCUUCUAGCGUAGACAAGGUCUUGGCCAACGGACCGCACGAGCUGGACGGAAAGAAGAUCGAUCCGAAAGUGGCUUUUCCGAAGCGGGCACACCCAAAGAUGGUAACCAGGACAAAGAAGGUGUUCGUCGGAGGAUUAUCCGCUCCCACUACGCUCGACGACGUCAAGAACUACUUCCAACAGUUCGGCCGGAUAGAAGACGCCAUGUUGAUGUUCGACAAGCAGACGAACAGGCAUAGAGGGUUUGGGUUCGUCACAUUCGAAAACGAAGACGUAGUCGACAAAGUCUGCGAAAUUCACUUUCACGAAAUCAAUAAUAAAAUGGUGGAAUGCAAGAAAGCCCAACCCAAGGAGGUGAUGAUGCCCAACAACGUUGCACGUGGCAGAGGAGCGGGAAGGGGGACGUACGAUUUAGUCUGGCCGUUGGGAGCAUUGACGGAUGCAGGAUUCGCAGCCUACGGAUACGGAAGAGGAGGCUAUCCGGGUUAUCCAGGCUUUGGCUAUCCUUUUGCAGGCUUUCCUGGCUACAGCUACUUCCCUUCUCCUACUACGGCCGACCAUCAGGCCACCGCUUUCUAUGCCGACGCUUACACUGCAGCACCAGCACCUCCUGCUGCUAUUGCUAGCCACGUUACUAAUGUGACUCGUAGCGAGCCCUCCCCAGUGCCUCUAACUAACCCUCCCGUCAAGAGGGAUCACUAUCCUCACCAUCACACAGGUGAGAAUCAUGCUCUAGAUAGAGCCUCUAUUGUUAACAGUAUUCAACCACUUGUUUGCCUUCUGGAACUAAACGGACAGCAGACAUCACCACCGCUACUAACCCAGGCUCUCUCAGUAAUCAAUAACUACGGACCUCAAGGAUUCGCAGCACCCACGUCCCCGGCCAACAGCCGCGGUUUCCCCGCAACCAACAGUCCCGGUCCCAUAGACCUGUACAGCUCCAGUCAAGACAGCGUGGGCUACGUUCAAGCUACGAGUCCUCAACCCAGCGGAUUCCCUCCUAUCGCUGUAAGCAGGGGACCUUUGAUUGCUGCAGCUUUUACUAACGGAUACCAUUGAGCACCCGCUAACUGUGGACGGCAAGGAAUAGGAGCAAAAUAAUUUUAAACCGGAUUUCGAUCGUCAACGAAAUGUCCGCAAUGAUGACAUUUGGUGUUUCCACUCAGGGAGGCUGCUCUGAGUAUAACCUUCCUUCUGCACCGUAUUUCACUGCUGCGUUCGGUUACUCCUCCGAGUGGAGUGCGGCUCCCGAACACCCACCAUGGCAACACCAAACACCUUGCAACCACAGGCCUUAGACAGCACUUGUUAUGUGAAGGACGAGCCGCGACUGCCACCGACGGUGAGGCCCCUGGUGGUGAUCUUCGCUUGUCUCGCGUACACGUGAAUAGAAAAGGAUGACCAGUGCGUUUCAUACCUGUGUUGUGUUCCGUGUUGAUAUUCGAACACUUGGAUGCAUUAUUCACUCAUCGGUCUGUUCCGAAUCGUAACCGGUUUACAUCAUAAUCUAUGCUACCGUCAUCACCAUGUUAAUCCAUAUACUGUCAUUUUUUGUUGACAUUGUUAUAUGUGUGAUUCCCGAGCCCAUUUCGUUUCUAUGAUAUUGUUGCUAUUGUUGUGAAAAAUUUUAUCUCCUAUAGCUCAGUGUAUUCGGAGUGGCCCUACUUUUUAAAUGUUUUAAAAGGGGAUAAAUAAUCUCCAACAUUUGGGAUGCCAAGCAACGGGGCAAACGUCUUCUCAGUCUUACCAUUAGAAGCUUUUAGUCGUCGGAUUUCUGUGAAUGUUAUAGUAGUAUCUCGUUCGUUCCAGAGUAGAAACCUUUGUAUCGUAUCUUGUAAAUUUCCAUGGCAAGACUCACGAGCCAUGUUGAUCAAUUAUAUUACUCGACAAAUGGCCAGGCUGUUAUUCUGUGGGACUUUAUUUUGCCUGGUGUUCUACUUGUGAUUGUCUAUGUAUUAUAAAGACGGAGGCCAAACGGCGGGCUACCUCUUAGAGUUUUGCCUAGGUCUGGUUCCUUUUGUGAAUGUCCAAAAAAAACAAAAAAAAAAAAAAACUGGCAGUGAUGCACAGUUGGAUGGCACGAAUGAGAAAGUAAGACAAAUAACACAAUAAGCAAUAUCACCAUCCAGACGUAACUUAGUGAUCGGAGCCAGUUUCCCCACGAACCCAUCAGUUCCUGUCUUAUCGUGACGUAACCCUUCGUGUUUUCCCGUUUCGGGAACGGGAAUGGCCUACCCGUAGCAUCUGUCCACUGGUUCCUAAUAAGAUACUCCCGGAAAAGUGGAGUUUUAUUGUAUCUGUAUACGGACCCCUUUAUGCAUGUAUUCUAUGUCAAAGUGAUGCACUAGAUGUGGUUAGUGUAUCAACUGGAUGUGGUUUUCCACAAAACAAAGCAAUAGUAACCAUUGUUGUUUCAUGUAUGCCGACAUGUACAGUUGUUACAAGGCAAGAGACCUAUAAAAUAUUUCAUACUUUGAUAUUAUUUUUUGCUUUCAGUAGUAGUCUGCCGGAACCCACGUAGCCCCAAGAUUCGAGGGUUCGCGGCAAUCCCGAUCCCGUCUCGACAGGAUUUUUGUAACGGCAAUUAGAUAGCACGUAUAGUUAUUCUUAUCUUACCAGCAUAAGUUUAAAAAAAGUACAUAAAUGAAUAAUCAACGAGUGAUGGUAUCACAGAAGCCGAAAUGAAAGCAAUAUUAAAAACACUUUGGUGUCAUUUGUGAGGCCUUUCAGGACAAACAAAUAUUUCUCCGAUGCCUAGAAUUCAAUUUAGCUGCUAUUUAGUCACAAUGUAAUCUCUUGUCGACCAUACAUAGGAGCAUUAGUUGUGUGUUGGUAGAGACCACCUUUUGCUUUCGGAUAUCGUGCCCACGACAAACAGAAGCGAGGUACGUACGUGUAUGUGAAAUUAUUCAUCCACCGUGACCAUUAGUCCCGUAGACUUAGUAUUAAUUAGAUAUAUUUGGAAAUCAUCAUCAUGUAUCAUUAUGUGACUUCCCUCACCGUUCAUGGUGUUGUGAAAGCAGCUUCGUAUACAUCUCAAAUCCUAAUUAUAAAUAAUAAUUUAUUUUGUUAGAUAAUUUGCGCGGACGACCGCCCUCGGAAAGGGCAGGUUCGUCCCGCACGGAAAUCGUGAUAUAAAUAAUUUCAUCUGCCAUGUAUUUAAGAACAGUCGACCAUUUUUAGCGACCGCAUUUGUUUUUCUAUUUUGUACGAAAAACAUAGAUUUGUUUUCUGUUUUUUUAGGUGUGGAUUGUCGAUAUUUGCAGCGUGAUUUUAGGCAAACAUUGUACAGGCUUCGGUUAGAAUAAUUAUUACAAACUAUUUAUAAAGAAAAAAAAGGAGCCAUAGGUAGGGUCUUUUAUAUUUCUGUUUUAACAAAGAUGUAUAAAAGGCCUUCUUUUUGACAUACCAUGACUAAUCACUGUAUAGAUAAUCUAGACGUUUAUUUAGCGAUUCGACAGUCUAACGAUGAUGUACGAUUAGUUAGAAGAAAAACUGUAACAGAGGAUAUAUUUUCGAUUAUAUCUAAUUCAUGGACAACAGUAGAAUACGAAACAACGAUCACUAGCUCUGAAUUUGUAUGUUUAGGUUUAAAAGAAUAUAUAUAUAUAUAUAUAAAAUAUUAAUAAUAAAAGAAAAAAAUUUUAAAUAAAAAAAGGAUGUGAAAAACUGGUGCUAGGUUAGCAUUGUAAUUUAUUUUCAGAAAUGUAAAAAAUCUUGUGAAAGUUAGUUUAGAUUUUGUCAACAAAAUAUAUUUGACAUCAGGGAAGCACCAGCGAAAACGAAAGUCACAUUUCUACCAACACUUGUGUUUUCUGCUUUACAUAUCUGUCUGUGUGGUCAACACGUCCCGUUUCCGCUACCCUCUGUGUCGAUGCAUAAAUAAAACCGAUAUAGGUCACUUGUCUCUUAUUCUUAUCAUUUUCUCCACAUUUUUACACUAUAUAUUAUAUAUAUAUAUAUAAAAGCAGGUGUCCGAAAUUCCCGGGUAUUUUAUUUUUUAUCCAUUCCGUUUAAUUUAAUUCGAAUUAUUUUAACAGUUUGUGAACGAUCGAAUUACGUGCCGAAAAACGACAAUAAAAUAAAUAAAAACCAACCGAUUUGGUCUUUUUCUGGAAUUUUACAAAUAUUAACUUUUAUGCAGAACUCUGUAAACACGUUUUCAAAUAAACGAUUCAUGUAAGAA